UUGCUGUUUCUUGGGUCCCUUUGUGAACAAUAAGAGUAGAUAUUAAGUUGUCCUUAAAAAUAAAAUCCUGUUACUUUACUAGCAAAAAUGCGUUUAUUCUGGAAUAACAAAGCAUUUCAGUUCGCUGCGUGCAAGCUAUGGCUAAACCAUAGUGUUAAGAGAUCACUGAAAUUGGAUCAUCUGUUAGAAGCAAAUUCAUUUGAUUCUUCAAAAAUCACAAGGAAGAAAAGUAUUACAACUUAUUCUCCAACAACUGGAACUUGUCAGAUGAGCCCAUUUGCUUCUCCUGCAAGCUCUAAAGAACAAGAGCACAAAAAUGAACCAUCAAAUGGAAAAAGGAAAAAAUUGAGGCACCUCAGUUUAACCGAAAGGAAGGAAUCUACAACAAAAGACAAUGAUGAAUUCAUGGUGUUGCUAUCUAAAGUGGAGAAAUCAUCAGAAGAAAUCAUAGAAAUAAUGCAAAACUUAAGCAGUAUACAGGCUUUGGAGGGCAGUAGAGAGCUUGAAAAUCUCCUUGGUAUCUCCCGUGCAUCCUGUUUCUUACCAAGAGAAAUGCAGAAAACAAAAGAACUAAUGAAAAAAGUAACAGAACAAAAACUGUUUGAAAAGAAGAAUUCAGGACUUCCCAACAAAGAAUUAUAUCAUCUUGACAGCUAUGAAUUCCUUAAAGGCAUUUUAAACUGAGGCAUUUAAAAGAAAUGCACUUACUGUGAAAACCAACUUCUUCUGCAUCUGCCUGAUCGUAUUUAAAGGAACAGAAGAAAUGUUUGUAAUUAAUCUGCCCAGUAAAUACCAGAUCAUAGCACCAGGCAGGUGCGUGUCUAGAUAAAAUUUCUUGCAGCUAAUUUAAACUUUCUGCACACACCAGUAGAUAAUCUCAAUGUAAAUAAUACAUUUCUUCUUGACCCUUUAAAGUAAGCCAACAUGUAGAAGAGGAUAUUAACUUCUAUUCUGUAUCACAUACACUUCUGUAUCCUUUUAGCAUUUGUGGAUAGAUUUAAAGCAUUUAUGAAGAUGGCAUUUUGGUAAAAUGUUUUAAAACUCAGAUUAAAUUUAAUGGUGAGUGGAAUUAGGUACCACUUUCCCAUGUAAAGCCCCAAAUGCGUAUUAGAUUCUUUUUAAACUUCUAAAAUUUUUCUAGAAGUUUAUUGUGUAGCCACUAUCUCAGGGAUGAGUUUUUAUACUCUAGUUAUUUCUAUGCUUAUACAAAAAAACGAUAUUCAAAGUUUUAAAUUUUUCACACCUUUUAUAAAAUGCAUUUUUCAGUACAAAUAUAUUUUUAAAUAUGAAGUUGUUCUUAAACUGAACUACACAGAUUCUACUGAAUUUAAAGAAAAGAACUUUUUUAUGGGGUAUGUGUUCACCUGCAAAUUACUUUGAAGCAUUAAUUUAAAUUUCUAUUUUUCUGUGGUGUUAUUUUGUAUCAUCCUCGUUCUAUCACAAAAUAAAGGGGAAAUGGGAAUUACAGGAUAUGUUAUAAAUUAAUGACAUGUUUUUUUUAAAACCUCUGUAUUUUUCUUUGACCAUCUCUACAGGGGAAAAAAUAUUGUUCCCUUGGUACUUGCCCUAAGUCUUGACAAAAUUUGUAUAUUACUGUAUCAUGUAAAUAAAAAUACUAUAUGAAAAUCUGAAACAAAAUUUAACUUAAGUUUGAAAAUAACUGAUUCUCCAUUUAGAUAAACUUCAGAUUUACCUCUUAAAAUGAAAAUGAGUUUUUAAAAACUAUUAAAUGACAUCAAUUAACUAUUAAACCUAAUUCCCUUCACAAAUGAUUUUAUUGGUACUAUUUAAAUAAGAUUUUAAAGAUAAUCUGUCUGCUAAAUACUAAGAACACUUUGUGAUACAGACCUUAUAAUAGGACAUUACCUAAAUAUACCAAAAAGGCUAAUUCCUUUGUGUUCUAGCAUUGAAAACUAACCUUAGGAUGUAAGCCAAAGCAUAUAAAGAAACUUGUAUUAGUCAGGAAAAAAAGGGUUAAGAAAUAGAUUGGUUGCAUAUAUAAUGCAAGUUAUGUAAGUAUGUGCUUAAUGCUAUUAAAUCAGUUACUAUAUGUUUGACCUCAAUACACUAAGCUUUUGCCUUUCAGAACAGCUGGGUCUGCUAAGAAUCAUUUCCCAGUUCUCUUCAUUGUAGAUCAGAUGACUCUCGCUUUAUCACCCUUGGAGGCCACAUGAAGGACAAAGCAGAAAGAUCCACACACAAAACUAAUGUUUAUAUGGGGGGGAGGGGGGUAUGGCAUGGAGGAAGGCGGGGUAUGGCAUGGAGGAAGGCGGUGGGGGAGGGGGGGAUACACUUGGCCCUGAUCUUCCAAUGAGCGUAACAGAAGAGACCAAUUGAGACUUGAAACCCCUGUGUUACUCCAACCAUUAUUUAGUUACAUCCUAUCCAUCUUUUACUCUUUCUAUUGAACAGAGAGGCUCCUUUGGCUGCCUUGACUUUUGUAAAUGUUUCACUCACUCCGUUGUGGUUUAUCAUUUGGACAGAAUGCUACAUCUGGGAUUUUUCUCCCCUCCUUAACGCCUCAAGGGAAAAUGGCUUCUGUAUGCUUCAUAUUUGAUACAUGAACAUGCUCUUCAUUUUAAGAAGCAAGCCUAAGUUCAUUGGUAACAGAAAACUGUAUUUCUCAGAAACAGCCCUUCCCUCUAAAAUGAGCUUGAAAAUAACUUGGAAGGGUUCAUUCCUUGACAGGUAUAUAUUAGUGAAAUAACUGAGAAAUCUUCAAUAUUUUUGCAUUAUCUAAAUAUCUUUAUAUUAUAACAUCCCAAUAAGCCUGAGUGUAGCUGAGAGAGGUACUUUGGAAUUGCCUGUUUCUGUGAUCUUAAUUCAUCAAUGGACAUUUUUGGUAUUUUGGAACCUAAUCCUUCAAAGGUCAAAGUGGACUCUUCUUAAAUUGGCUUCUAAUGGAUAUAAGAGAUACUUGACUUUUGAGGUAGUUGCUACAGGUCUCCAUAAAAGCUACAGUGUUACUCAAUAUGAUUAAAUUUCUGAGGAAAACGUGUAUUUAGAGGAUUUACGUUUAAGAUACCUUGAAUAUGGGUGCAUUCUACUUUAUUAUUUAUAUAAUAUACUUUUAUUUUUAAAUGUUUCUCUGCUCCAGUUAUUUAGAAGCUAGGACUUCCUCAUCACUGAUUUAAAUCAGCAUCCCGUGUUAAACCCAUGUAUGCUAUUACAAAAAAUAAAAAAAUAGGACUACACCAGCCAGCCAAGAUGCUGACAUUUGGGCACAGUGAUUACAGAUGGUGACCAUGGACAGCGAUGUUCCUGCUGAUUCGGCAAUGAUUCAAGGCUGCUUUUCUGUGCUGACCUGCCCUUUGAGUCUUUAUGCACAUUUGCUUUGAGAAAGAAAUACUUCCUGAUUUUUGCUUUGUCUAAACCGACUUCCUUUAUCAGACUUAGAAGCACAUACCUUCUUGCGGCCUGUGGCUGUCCAUGUCUAGAACCAGAUUUUCUUUGUGUAUAUAUGUUCACUGUUUUAAAAUAUAUCACCACUUAGUCAAUAUACUUUAACAGAUGUCUUAUGAAAGAAAUAUAUUCAUUAAAAACCAUAGGUUGAUGUGAAAAUAAUUGUUUUAUUCUUAACACAGAGACUAAAGAGAACACAUCUUCUUUUUCCCCCUGCCCUCCCAAAAGAACAAUCUUUACAUAAGAAACUAUAACAUAGAUACGACAUUAUUUUUGCCAAUUGAAUGUGAUAGUAAAGAUGAGCUCCUAAUAUACAAUGAUAUAUGUUAUUAACAGGGCCAAGUUAACAUGAAACAUGAUACGAAUCAAUGCUUAUGGAAGUGGUAAUCUUGAACCACUCAAAAAAGAUCAAAAGGAUGAAAUCUUGUAUAAAACCAUUUAACUUACACAGAAUGAUCCUAGAAGUUUAGAACUAGUGAACAUGGGAAAUUAAAAAAAAAAAAAAACACACUUAAAUUCAGUAAAAUUCACUGUUUAAUUGUAUUAAAGUAAAUUAGCAUUUUUAGAAAUAAGAACAUGGUCUAAUCUCUCUGCCUUUUUAUAAAGAAAUCAAAUUUCCACAUGUAAUAAGGCAUGUUCAAACUUCAAGCACUUUAAAUUGCCUUCUCACAGUAAUUAAAAAGAUCACAAAUUUAAUCCCUGAGAUAUAAUUUCUAAAGAAUGAAAUAUACACUUACUUGCAUUCUAAAAUGUAACGAAAACUAAAUUUAAAUACCAAAAUUCAUGAUUUCCUUUAAAAAGAAGGACUUGAUUUUCCCAGUAGGCUCACUGGAUUUGCAGAUUUCUUUUUAAGACAACAAAUUGUAGAGUACAUUUCCUGAGUAAACACUGUGGAUUAAGGGCAUUUUCUCUUAUUUUCCCACUUGGAUAACUGAAUAUUAAUAAAACUACAGUAUGUCUUGGCCACUCUAUAGUUAGAAAAUAAAAGCCUCCACUGGGCUUGGGUCCCCAUAUACAUUUAUUUUGUAUAUGGACAACAGUGACUUUUCACCAUUUUUUCCCUAUGUGAUUCUCAAAAUGAUCAUUUCAUUUAUACAUAGCAAAAAAGUUAAAAAAAAAAACCUUUAAGCACUGUUAAUACUUUCACAUUUGUUUGUGGA